CCGGGACCGUCCUCGGCAUCGCUCAUGUCUCGCGACGUGGACACCUCUGACGACCUGCGCGAAGACGAUGAGGCCCAUCUCACCGCCAACAUGUCGCGUCAAGGUUCAAGCGCGGGCCACGAGGGGGCGCACACGUCAACACCACACUCGCGUAAACGGACUAUUCGCUACAGCGCGACGCCGUCACCAGGACGUAAAGCCGGUGGGAGGUUGAAAACGGUGUCGCGCAGCUUGCGGAGGGCGUCUUUACGAGUGGUCAACCUCGCGGGCAUGGGACUGGAAGAUCAUGGGAGUUCGAUCGCCUCAUCUCGCGAGAAGGGGAAGGAAAGGAUGGGCGAGGAGUACAACGAGAUUCAGCAGGAGGAGGAGGAAGAGGAACUUCCUGAUCUCGCAAGAACACUACCAGUACGUGGCCGAACAUUGGGUUUCCUAGGGCCGGAUAGCAAGUUGCGGUUAGCCAUGUAUCGAAUGUUGGUCUCAAAAUGGACCGAACCCGUUAUUCUUCUUCUCAUCAUCGCGAACGCUAUAAUCCUCACCAUACAGUCCUCACGCUCUCUCACUUUACCCGACGAUGGUGUUCCACUACGCGUCAAAGGCUACUUUCAUACCUGGGAAGACUACGCUCUCUUUGUACUAUUCAUACUUUUCACCUUAGAAGCCUUUGCUCGUAUAUGCGUCUCCGGAUUCCUGCUAGACCCCGAAAUACCUGUAACUUCUAUGUUCAGCACCACCCUCUCUUCCGCACAGCCCAUGUCCUCAGCAAACGCCACCCUCUCUCGACAAAACUCUCUGCGGCAAGGUCGUAAACCUGGAAUCGGACCUCGCCUCUUGUCGUGGCUCCAAACACUCUCUUCCGCUCUUCGUCGGCCAUUCGCCCUUGCCCACCACUCCUCCCGCGAGAUAUCUUCCGCCUCCGCAUCCUCCCCUCCUAACCACAACCGCACCGAAACCACCACGACGCUAUUCAAGUCCCCUAUCGUCGAGAAGGCCAUAUCCGGCACACAAGAAGCGUACGCGCACAUGCGCCAAGGGUCGACAUACGCCGCAAAUGUCAUGCAGUCGGACAAAUCCGAGAUGCUCUCGCUUCCCUUCCGCCUAAGCGUCAAGCGUGCUCACGACGUGACUCGCCGAAAUCUGCCGUACCUCCGCCACAGCUGGAACCGAAUCGACUUCGUCGCCGUGGUGAGCUUCUGGGUCACCUUCGCUUUGGCGACGUUUGGCAUCGAACACGGUUCGCAUCAUAUCGGCGCGUUCCGCGCCAUGAGCGUGUUGCGAUGUGCGAGGCUGCUCGCGAUCACAUCUGGUACAACGACUAUUAUGAGGUCAUUGAAGAUCGCGUUGCCGCUCCUGACCAGCGUGGCCUACUUCGUGGUGUUCGCGAUUCUUCUCUUUUCUAUCAUAGGUGUCCAAACCUUCCAAGGCUCUUUCCGGCGGACAUGCUAUUUGCUUCCUACACAGGGCGAAGCCGAGCUUCAGAUAGAUUCGCAGACUUGUGGCGGGUAUAUCGACAACACGACGCUUGAGACAAGACCUUUCAUCAGGAGCGAUAAUACGACGGGGGAGAUCAAAGGUUACAUAUGCCCCCUUGGACAGAUCUGCUUGGAGGGACCGAACGCCGACGGCAACGCGCAAAGUUUUGAUACCAUCUAUUACGCCAUCCUCCAGGUUGUCAUCAUCGCCUCGGCGAAUGGGUGGUCCCCGUUGAUGUACGGUAUCAUCGACUCCGAGUACUUUGCCUCAUGUUUCUUCUUCAUUAUCGCGAUCCUCGUGCUGAACUUCUGGCUCAUCAACCUGUUUGUCGCGGUGAUUACCAAUACAUUCUCGGCCAUUCGCGCGGACACGAACAAGAGUGCCUUCGGUGCUGCCCCUUUGGGACCUAUUCGCGACGAUGAUGACGACAUCUAUGUCCCUCCCAAUGCAACUCGUUUGCCUCGGAAUCACUACAUGAAGGAAUGGUACGAGAAAUUGCGUUACAUCUGGGUUGCUUUCGCCCUCGCCUCGAUAGUCUUACAAGCGACCCGUACUACGGAUGUGGCGCAGACGCACAAGCGCGUUCUGGACCUCGGGGAACUGGUCAUCACUGGUCUCUUCGACGUCGAGAUCAUCAUUCGUUUCCUCAUCGAACUUCCCGACUGGCGCAACUUCUUCAGGCACGGGAACAACUGGCUAGACCUUGUUCUUGCCAUUGGCUGUUCUAUCAUCCAGAUACCAGUGAUUCGACGCUCCGGCGCAUACCCGUGGUUGACGGCGUUCCAGGUCAUGAGGUUUUAUCGGGUCAUCCUGGAGGUGCCCCGAAUGAAACCCUUGAUGCUAUCCGUGUUCGGAAACAUGUAUGGUUUGGUCAACAUGACAUUGUUUCUGCUCUUGGUCAACUAUCUAGCUGCACUAGUCACUAUUCAGCUUCUCCGAGGAGACCUGUCUGCUUCCGCCACCAUGAACUUUGGCCAAGUAUUUAAUGCGUUCCUAGGCGUCUAUCAAGUGUUCUCAUCGGAGAACUGGACGGAUGUACUGUUCGGCGCCAUCAGUGCGGAGCUACCUUUGGGUCAAGCUGUUCUCGUCGCCAUAUUCGUCGCUGGAUGGUUCCUGUUUGCCAACUUCAUCGUGCUCCAGAUGUUCAUUGCAGUCAUCAACGAGAAUUUCGACGUCGCUGAGGAAGCAAAGAAAAGCCGUCAAGCCGCGCAGUACUCUGCGAAGCAACAGCCCCAGCAAGCUCGCUCUGCUUGGGUGCGAUGGCUCAAUCCAUACCGAUGGCUUAAACCCAGUCCGAAGGCCAUCGCCGUCGAGAACCUCCCGUCGAACCUUAUCCUUCCCAUGCAGAAGGCGCUAGUCCAGGACUACAGUUCGUCAGGCCUCACUCGUCGUGGCAGUGCGGGUCGUGUAAUCGUUUCCGGGAGAGGGGCCGGCGCCUACGGGACGAGGCUAUUCCUGUGGCUAGAGCAGCUUUUCACAGGGCGUUCGCAAUCGAACGAUAUUCCUUUGGCAGCGCUGCGCGAGCCUCGUCACGAUUCGCUUUUCUCCCAGAACGUCGAUAACGAGGAGCUGGACCGCCAUUUCGAAACCUUGGCCAUGGUGCGCUCGGAAGCAGCGAGUUCUGGAGAGACAGAAGACGCUUUCUACGAACGAAGGGCGCGAAAGGCAGACUUCAUCCGUGAUCAUCCGACCUACGACAGGACAUUCUGGAUCUUCUCCCAGAAGAACCCACUGCGUCGCAUGUGUCAACGCUUGGUGUAUCCCGCGAACGGAGAGCGGAUCUUCGGUCUUCCGCCUUCGCCCGUCGCGCAUACCAUCCUGCAGGUCAUCUUGCUUUUGGCUGUUAUCGGUGGUAUCGCUGUCGAAGGCGUCGCCACACCAGUUUACCGACGCAACUUUUACCUGGAACACGGCCAAAUCCGCGGGGCCUGGUUCGAUAUCGCGGAAAGCGCAUUUGGCCUCAUGCUGGUCCUGGAAUUCCUGAUCAAGAUCGUCGCGGACGGAGUCAUGUUCACGCCAAACUCUUACUUUCGUAGCCUCUGGAACUUCCUUGACUUCCUGAUCAUGGCCGGGCUUCUCGUUAAUCUCACCACAGCUCUCAUCUUCAUAGGCGGCUUGAGUCGUCUUACCCGCUCUCUGAAGGCUCUCCGCGCCCUCAGGCUCAUCACCCUGAUUGAUAAGAUGAGGAAGACAUUCGAAGAUCUGAUAAUAUCGGGUGCCGUACGGAUAUUGGACGCUGCAUUGCUCGCCAUGCUAUACAUGAUUCCAUAUGCUGUAUGGGGUCUGAAUAUCUUCGCCGGGAAGAUGAACGAGUGCAACGAUGACGGCGUUGCGGGAGCCUCGCAGUGCGUAGGCGAAUACGACACCAACGUUAUUGGCGACUCAUUCGGCUAUCUCGUACCUCGCGUGUGGGACAAUCCUUCUCCUUCUACCACGUUCUCUUUCGAUUCCUUCCGGGCUUCUCUAUUGAUCCUCUUCGAGAUCGUAUCCCUUGAAGGGUGGAUUGAUGUUCUUGGGGUGGCUACUAGCAUUACUGGAGAGGGCAAGCAACCUCAGACCAAUGCUUCGGAAUUCAACGCCAUUUUUUUCCUCAUCUACAACCUCAUGGGAGGCGUUGUCAUCUUGACACUGUUUGUUAGUAUCAUCAUCGCGAACUUCAGCUCGAAGACGGGAGCUGCGUUCCGGACGCAAGCUCAGCGAGAAUGGAUCGACCUCAAGAAGCUGAUCCGACGCCAACGUCCCUCCAAGCGACCCAGGCAGCGACCCACGUCCGGUUUCCGAGCAUGGUGCUUUGAUCGGGCCGUCCGGAAACAUGGAUCCUGGUCAAGGUUCAUGACAGCCCUCUUUGUCGCACACGUGUUCGCCCUCAUGACGCAAACUUUCAACAGCUCGGACACCCUCACUCUCGUCAGAGAUUUCUUCUUCCUUGCGGUCGCAGCAUUCUACGUAGCCGACGUCCUCAUCCGCUUCUACGGGUUAGGCUGGCGCAGUUUCAAAGCCAAUGGCUGGAACCUUUUCGAUGCUCUCGUGGCUGGGGGAAGUUUGACGACAACUGCUAUCGGACAAGUACAGGGUAACCUUGGAUUCGUCAUGCAGCAGCUUGAGAAGCUCUUUCUCGUCAGCAUUGCGUUCAAGCUGGUCCAGCGUACCAAUAGCUUGAAUAAGCUCUUCAAGACGGCCGUCGCGAGUCUGCCCGUCAUUCUCAGCCUUCUGGCUCUCUGGCUCACUUUGUUCUUGUUCUUCGCCAUUCUUUUCGUUGAAGUGUUCAGUCUCACUAAAUGGGGUUCGGCGGAAACAAGGGAGCAAAACUACAGUACCCUAGGCUCUGCUCUCGUUAUGCUCGCCUUCAUGAGUACUGGAGAGGGAUGGAACCAAUAUAUGCAUGAUUAUGCCCUCGUCUAUCCUCGCUGUACAAACUCCUCGAAUGUGGACCCGGACUCCGAUUGUGGAAGCAUCGGAUGGGCAUUCACAUUGUUCAUCGCAUGGAACCUGCUGAGCAUGUACAUAUUUGUCAACAUGUUUACUGGUGUGGUUGUCCAAUCCUUCGGCUAUGUCAUGCAAACCACCGGUGGCGCGAAGUCUAUCACCCGCGAGGAGAUGCGAGCGUUCAAGAAAGUGUGGGGCGAAUAUGCCAAUCCGCGUACGGGCCUCUUAGACCGCACCAACUUCGUCCCAUUCUUCGGCAGACUGAGUGGUAUAUUCGAAGUGAGGAUCUAUCCGGCGGAGUACAGCAUCCCUAACAUCAUGGCUCUCUCCGCGCCCGAUGGCAACGAACAUAAAGUUCUACUCUCCGUCGUAGACAGCGAGAAGAACACAGUCGGCGUGGACACUGGGAAGCUUGGUCAAGUCUUGAGUGGUCUCGAUCAUAACAAGAUCCGACAAAGACGCAACCUGUACAUCCGGCUUUAUCACGAAGCAAGUGUUCUCUGUCCUCCUGGAAAGGGCAUAUCCUUUACAGACAUGCUUCUUCUCCUGGCUCACUACAAGCUCAUCAACGACCACGAGGCGUUAGAAUUGUCGGAGCUUGUUGUGCGGAACGAAAUCAACAAGAUCGUCACUGAUCUAGUCAAUCUGGAUCGUGUCCGAUCGUUGCUCAAGAUGAUCUCCCACCGCCGACGAUACUUGGCUCAUAAGCAAAGGCAGCGGCAAUCACAUCUUAGCCAAGACAUCCCGGCAAUCGUCGUGGAUAGCCUUCCACCAACACCACCACCUUUGACCCGCGACAUCACGUCACCUGGGGUAGACCGCAGAUCAUGGUCAGCGCAGUACCAAUCACCGGAACAAUCACCCACGAUGAAGCCCAUGGACAUGUCUCCUGACGUAUCUCUUGGAUUCGACUCUGCUUCCAAUCUCCGGCGAAGUCGACGCGUCAGCGACAUCAGCAUGCUCUCUGCAGAGCUGCGACAAGAUUAUACAUUCUCCUCGCGGGAGUCUGUCGGUGUGGACGAGGAUCCUCAGCAAGUCGUUGCUGCCAUGCAAAAUUCUCUCUGGGGAGUUUCCAUAGAAAUGAUGUUGCAGGCAGCAGAAGACGAGGACUGA